CUCUGGACUGGAUAUAAAUAUCCAGAGAAUUAUCACGUGAACCAUCAGGCAUAGAUAAUGGGUCUGGUUGUCAAUGCGUGAAGCAUAAUAAAACAAGCAGCUCAAGCUAAAAGCUAAGGAGCUCCCCAGCUCGCUGGGGUUCGUUAGCGGACUGAGCGCAUUGCACUGUGUCUUGUAUCGUGCCGCUACAAGACCCGUGGCCAGAGAAUCGUGGGAAUAAAACCAGGGAAGUGUUGGGCUUCAAUAUGAAGCUUCGUGAAAAAGUGUUUGAAACGCGAGUAUUGCCAUUGCGAGAACCUCAUUCCGUCGAAGAACCGUGGCUAAAAAUGAGAUGUGGCCUACAAUUAACAAUUCCGAGAGACGAUUUUUUUUUUGACGUGAGCUCUGUUUGGACUUCAAUGCAUUCUAAUCAAUCGAGGUGAAAAAGCAUUUACCUCACUAGCAACUCAACGAAAUCGUAAGCACUUUAAGUUCCAACUCUUUUGAGCCUUGUUUUACAAAUUCCAAAACGUGCUUGACGGAACGUGACUUACCCAGGUUUCCAAUCCAGUUGAGCGAUGGCGGGUAUUAGCUCUGAUUGUCGUCAAGACAAGGGCCCUCAUGACUUGGGCACAACCAGCGACUCUGAAGUUACGCCACCAAGUGAUAGCGCCGUCGAUGACUUCUGUGAUACAGCUGAAUGUAGUAUCGGCAUUGACUUUGGUCGAACAAAAUGCGAGGCGGCCGUUGUCAGUGACACCGGCGUUGCCACAUUAAUCCCUCUGGAACCACAGAACAAAGAAAACUGCUACUCACUACCGAGUUUCGUGUCCAUGGGGGUCACUCGUACCGGAGAAUGGGAAGUAGGACUCCAAGCAAUAAACCGAGCCAAGGCUGGACAUCCGUACACUGUGUUCGACCUGACAAUGCUACUCGGACAAAAAGUAAAGGCGUUAUCUCCACAAGAUGUUGAUCGUUGGGCAUUUAACCUUCAAGCAGGUGUUGCUGGCAAAGCUGUAGUGGAAUGUCCUGCUAAAGGCAACGUCCCAGACCUGCUGUAUCCCGAACAGGUGGCAGCCAUGCUCUUGUCGACGAUCAAGAACCGAGCUGAGAUCUUCACAAAAAAGCGUGUCACCGGUGCCGUAGUCACGGUACCAGCAGCUUUCAAUCGCACUCAGCGUCAGGCUGUUUGGGACGCCUGCAGAAUUGCUGACUUGAAUGUCAGUCGACUUGUUAUCUCAUCUACGGCGUCCGCUGUGGCAGACUCCAUUAUUGACGGUGCGGCUGCUGUCUUUGAGAAGACAAUCGUUGUGGUAGACUGUGGUGCAGGAGGCCUGGAUGUAACUUUGGCUCGAGUACGUGAAGCUGACGGAUCUUCUUCUGGGAUCGAAGUCGAGGUCGAGGCUACAGCGGGGAAUCUUGAACUGGGUGGUGAAGCUCUAACGGAUAGACUCUUUGAGCAUUUCCACAAUGAAGUCAAGGCAGGCGACACCAGUUCGAAGACUAAUCCAGCGUUUUCUCGCCGCCUUCGACGUGCUUGUGCUUUGGUACAAAGAAUCCUCUCGACUUCGCAACAAGCUGCUAUUGAUCUGCCUUGGCGUACUCGUGGUCCUGGUGCUGUCAAUGGGACGGCGGCAGGCUUCACUAGCAGUAUCUGGCGAGCAGAUUUUGAUAAUUUGUGCGGAUCGGAAGUAUGGGACAACUUACCAAUUACUGUCGAGCAAGUUUUAACGCGCGCGAAAGUGAAAAAGGAGGACCUUGAUGCAGUUUUGAUUACUGGGGGUGCGAUGAAAGUGCCAAAGUUACGUGAAGUCCUUGGAGACUGCCUUGCCGAACACUGGAAUCGAAUCAUGGAUCUACCGGAACAUACCGCUGCGAUUGGCGCGUCGAUGAUUGCCGCUCAGAGUACUGGUCAUGUACUGAAGAACGAGCCCACGCCGUUGUCUCUAGGAAUUCGUAGUUCCAGUGGAGAUACCCUCGUUGUAGUGCCCGCUAGCACGGCGGUACCAACGCACCAAGCGCAAUUGUACUACGCGAGCUGCCAACGCGAGAUCAACUUUGACAUUCUGGAAGGGUUAACCGCGAAUCGCAGUCCCGGGGCUGCUCCGAAUAGGCUGGAGCACUGUCUGGGUCGUAUUCUUGUCGAUGGAAGGCGUGCCUCUACUCCGUUAGUUCUGAAACUCGAGAUCGCAUUCCAGCUGGAUGCGACUGGCCGCUUCACAGUCGUGGUCUCGGACAAAUCGAACGAUAGAGUCACUCGUCUGCUGGUCUCUGGAGACGAAACGUGCCUCCAAGAAGAAGCUAUUGCACUUGCCCAAACGUCUUUAACUGAGGUGCUACACUGUACCGCUGACACGCCAAUGCCUUCGACUGCUUCGGAUGAUACUACCAGUACGUCGACGACGGACGGGAAUUCGAUCGAUACCCUGCGUACAUGUGUGAACAAGCUGAAGCCUCUGGUGCUGACAAACGGUCUUAAUGUCUGCAUUUCGCCGGGUGAUCUGUUUAUUCUCCGAUCGAGGAUCGAACACGCCAGUGCUUGGCUUGGUAAGAUUGAUGCCAGCCAAAUCUCCAACCAGGAGCUUCUUACCGCGCGGGAAUAUCUGCGCCAAAUCCGCAUAUUGCAUCUCUCGAGUACUGCGAACAGCGCGUUAGUCCAGUUACGCCAGGAGCUGGACGUGUUCAACUAAUUAACGCAACAAAACCCGAAAAUUUUGGAGUAAUGAGAACAGCUCAGCAAUAAUGACAACAGCUCAGCAAUAAUGACAACGCAGAAAUUAUAGGCUGGUCAAAAAGAUUUUAUAUCCCGCUUUCUGUUGAGUCCUACCAC